AUGAGAAAAUCAUCUUUUGGGGGGCGUCCCUCAAUUUCUGGGGCGCCAGUCAGGGUUCUCAAUGAAAAUGCAAUGAACAGAGGCAGAGCAUCAUCUGCCUCUGAAGACCGCCUGUCAUAUGGUAGCCGCAUGUCUCUAGGAAGAUCAAAGUUGCCAGUGUUGAAUCCUCGGAAAUCAACAGCUUCCUCAUCAAAUGCAUUUUCUUUCCUUCCAAAAUCUGGGCGACCAUCCAGUGGCAUUGGUGUGCGAGGAAGAACUGACACACCAAAGGAUCCCAGGCCAGUCUCAGAUAAGCGGUUCCAAGCUCAGUGUAUCAAAAAGCUUCUGGAGUUCCUGAUCAGCAAGAACUACCCACAUCCAAUCUCACAGACAUUACUCAUGUCCCCUAACAGCAAAGAUGUGUUCAAAAUAUUUGAGUUCAUUUAUGGCAAGUUUUCCCCCGGAUAUAAGCAGGUGCAGAAGAUGGAAGAGGAAAUACCCAGGAUACUCAAAAUUUUGGGAUAUCCAUUUGUGAUCCAAAAGACUCACAUGUUUUCAGUGGGUAGUAAUCAUGUGUGGCCGCAUGUGUUGGUGGCGUUUAUAUGGAUGGUUGACCUGCUCCAG